AAAAGUUACUCCAAGUUGAGAAAAUUGUUUAGAUCUGACACUUAGAAAAAUUUCAUUGCCUGGAAUAACACCUUGAAUGACACCAUUCUAUGCUUGAAGCUGUUGAUCAAAGUUAUUUUAUUGUAUUCUGUAUUAUAUUGUAUUCCAGAUAUACAUUUAUCAGGGUGACUGAUUUUGUAUCCUGGAGUCAUUUCAAGAACAUGUCCUACCGAAAAGAGCCCAAGUAUCACAAAAAAAGUAGUCCAUAUUAUAGGCCUAAAUAUGACAUAUAUUCUGAAUCAGAAACAUCACUGGUGUCAUCAACGUGGGAAUUUUCUAAGAAUUCCAAGAAUUCAAAACAUGUAAAAUUUGACAAGGAAUAUGAUUAUUCCUCACAUGAUGAUUUUUAUAAUGGAAGAACUAAGGAUGUAUACAGUUAUCCUUAUCUUUAUGGCUCCAGUAAUUUAUAUGAAGCGGAAAAAGAGUAUUACAAGUAUGAUUCAGAUGACAGUGAAUACAGCCAAUAUCAGCAAUCUCCACGACGUACGAGAUACCCAGAUACAGACUCGGCAUACACUAUAGGAGAAUCUGGUUAUAACCGUAGCAGCUUUGAUUACCUGCCAAAACAAAGACAAAGCCACAAUCGUAAAUUCAAAUCAAAUAAUAGAGCUCCAAAAAAGCCAACAGAUAUUGGGACCAGUUCCUUUGAUGGUAGCCUUAAGGUUUAUUAUGCUCAGCAACCAAAAAAACAUAAACCAUUUAGUAUCAAACAUCAACAUUAUCACAAUUUAACUAACCCAUCAGAGCCAGAGACUUUGCUGGAGGAGUCAGUGACAGACACAGAGGGUGAAAACCAGAAACCUACAGAUAUUAAAGUCAAUCAACCAAAGUACCAAAUAUAUUCAACAAACACAACUGAGGUUGUCACUUCUGGACCAUUCAACAAAGAAUCGCCAAAUGAGACUAUAGAAAAGCUGAUCUCAGUAACCGACUAUGAUAAAAUCCCAAUACUGGCAUUUAAAAAUCAAACCGGGAUUACUUCAGUCCAAAAAUCCAUGUCUAGAGUGGUUUACUUACCAGUCAUUGUAAUGGAAAACAAGAAUAAUGUGUUGGAUUCUAAAAAUAUUAACAAUGAGUUAUUUGACGAUACAAAUAUUGACAAGUUAUUAAACCCCGUGGAGAGUGUAAAGGUAUACUCUGUAAAUGCAGGAGGCAAAAGUAUCUUUGAAAAUGUAACUCAGGAAAGUAUCAAUAACCCACAGCGCUCCAGUAAUAUUAAUGAAAAUAGGCAGCUAAGGUCAUCAGUAUUAAAGGCAGAAAGUGUGUUGUCAGAUUUAAACCACAUGCCAAACAGCGUAGACAGUGAAUCUGAGAUAACCAAAGUUUCAAAAAAGCCUAAAUCAAAAUGUUCAUAUACUUAUUUGCCUUCAAUAUUAAGAAUGCCCGGAACUAGAAAAAGUGAAAUUUCAACUAAUAUGACAUCAAAUCCAAACCAAAUUAGAAGUAACCAUUCAAUCGCAAGUGUUAGUUCCUCAAAACCAAUACCCAAGGAGAGAAAGAGUGUUAAAAAUGAUAAAAAGUCAUCAAUAAUGUCUAGAGGAAAAGCACAAGAGCCUGAAGAAUUAAAAGGUGAAACAAGUAGUACUUUUGAUGAAGUGAGAGAAAAACAGAAAAACUCAAGAACUAAAUCAGUAAGUAAUAAUAAAUCUCAAAUGUCGUUUAGAUCUAUAUCAUCAAUGUUUAAAAAAAACAAAAUUAGUGACAAAAAUGUUGGGAACAGUAACUAUUCAAAAGUAGGAAUUCCAAUAACUGAAUCAGCAAUGAAUGUUCAUAACAGUUUUUCUUGCUACAAUGAAGCUCCGAACAAACAGUUGGGAAUGAAUAAAGAAAACUCAAAAGACACAAAACCCUUAGAGGAAUCUAAUAGGCCUAUCUCUUUUAAAGAGAGUGCAAUCAGUAAAUCGGUAAAUAAUGAAAUUAAAAAUGAUAAUAUAGAUAACACCUGUUUUAAAAGUCAAGGGCCUGACACAGAAAAAAUAGUGCUGGGUAAUAUUCCAAGUAUUGUAAGAGAAAGCAAAACAAUUAAAGGAACAAAUGUUCCUCAACGACAGAGUUUGAUGCAACCUGAAGAGAUCAAAAAUGAAAUGAAAAGAGAUAAUACUGGAAGCAGACAGUCGGUACAAAACCAAACAUUACAGAGUAGCAAAAGAAGCUUAGUAAAAGGAACUGAAACAGGUAGAGAACAACGUUUAAGUGUAGCAAAGAAUGAAAACAACACCAUACUAAUCAACCAAGAUAAUAAGAGAAAUAGCAAUUUAAAAAUUCCACUCUCAGAUACAAAUGUUACUGAAAAGGGCACUGAAAAUGAUACAGGGGGAAACAAAUCAUUGAUGGUGAGGCAGAGUGUAAUUCAAUGGAAAAGUAAGGUUAAUGAAAAUCUAAGUAGAGACCAGAUGGAUAUCAAUAAAAGUACUCUUAAAGGAACUGGUGGUGUUUCAGAGGAAAUCAAAAACACAGAACAAAGGAAAAGUCAGCUGUUCAAACUUCAAAGUAAAGAGGAAACUAAUAUAGACAAGGAUAAACCUGUAAGAGAUAUAUCAGGUGCAAGGGGUAGCCAAGUGCAACGCAAAGCUAAUGAAGGAUCAAAAAUAAGUAGAGUAUUCCCAAAUACUCCACAAGAAGAACUAAUAGUUACACAAAAUAAUGAGAUAGGAACCAAUUUCAACAGUCCAAAUAAAAGUGCUGUGUCAGAAAAUAGGCAGGAAGAGACAAGCACGAUUAAUAGAAAACUAUUUAAAGAAUCCUUGAAGGAUAAAAAGAGUUUGAUCAGCAGAACGGAAGACAAAAACCUUCUAGAAGAUGUACAGAACAUGCCAAAAAGUACAACUAUGGAAAGAAGUUCUGUCUUUAAAAGGUUUGAUAAAAAAAGCUUGGCACAAGGCAGUUUGUAUAAACCUAUUAGUGAACUAAAACGUGAUCAUGAAACUGUUCAAAACGUGGUACAAGACAAAAAGUCUAGUGUUAAGGUCAAAAAAGAAAUUCCUACAAACCAAAAAAACAGCACAAGAGAAUCUAGCAAUAUAUGUACAAGAAAACUAUCCGAGAGAGAUCCCAGUAACAGAAACAGUCAGAAUAGAAGAAGCGUAUCACAAUUAGUUGGAGCCUCAAAGGUGAAAGCUGUUUCAAAACAACCAAAAGAAGCUGAAUCGCAUGUUUCCGGCUACUCCUCAAUUCAAGUUUUUGGUUAUGAUAUAUCUAAUUUCAUCAUUUGUUGUUUCCAAAUAUCACAGUUCAUUUUAGGUGUAUCCACCUAUGACAAAGUUAUAGAAGUUUUGGGAAACUUUAAGUGAAUAAUUAGUUAGCCUUACAGCGACACUAAUGUUCUAUCGGCUCUAAUCAAUGUAUUCUGUGGUUG